AUGAGCCGCGCGCUUACGGAGCAGGACUACGUGGACAGUUGUCUGGGCCUCUCCAAGGAAGGUCGAGAGUUGCUGGGCAUUCCCUUGGACUCCUCCUCCUCAUCAUCAUCAUGGCCUCCUCUACUCUCUCGCCCGCCGAGCGCAUUGGAAUUCUCGCGUCUGGUAGCGCGCAGCAGCCCGGUGCUGAUAGAAGGAUGCGUGGAUGAUCGGCCCGCGCUGAAAGAGUGGAGCAGCACGAAUUGGUUGAUGGAGAGAAUGGGGUCUGCCAAGGUGAACGUAGCCCUGACGCCUAACGGCAGGGCUGAUGAUCUGCUGCUGCUUCACCAAGGUCAAGACGUGUUUGCACUGCCUUUGGAAGUCGACAUGACGUUCAAGGACCUGGCAAGCGCUCUUUCUAGCCGCAAAGAAGACGCGCCCGUCGCGUACCUCCAGUCGCAAGGUUCCAACUUGACCUCUGAGCCCGCGCUUUCUCCUCUGUGUGAUGAUUUUGCCCCUCGUAGCCACGCGUCCUCUACGACCGCGUCGUCCACACGCUCUAAAGACAACGCUUCGUUGUCGUUCUUGUUCGCGACACAAGCACUGGACAAGGAGCCAGAAGCGAUCAACUUGUGGGUGGGCAACGCUCGUGCAUUCACCAGCACUCAUCGCGAUCACUACGAGAAUCUGUUCACAGUGGUCAGAGGCGUCAAGGAAUUCUACCUCUGGCCGCCCGCCGAAGGUUGGGCGCUGGAAGAAACUGAGCCUCUGCCCAUCUAUCAGUGGUCCAUCGACGGGAAGAAGAGUGACAGUGACUACAUUGCUCCAAACGCGCUCAAAUCGUCCGACUUGGUCCUCCGUCCGGUCCCUUCCGCUCCCAAAACGCCUUGGAUCAGACCUUCUCCUCUCGAGACUCGCACGAGCAAGCGCAACGCUCCGUGCAAGAGGUACGCUCAGUCUUUGCCUCCUUUGCGCGUAAAAGUCGGCCAAGGUCAGACUCUGUAUCUUCCUGCCGGCUGGUAUCACGCGGUGGCACAGCAGGUGGACGAUGGGCAGGGAGAAGGCGCAAGCGCGGGGUUGUGUAUAGCCAUCAAUCAGUGGUACGAGAGCGACGCGGCGUUUUCGGACAGGUGGGCUUGGACACAGUUUCAGCGCUCCUUGGGCAAGAAGCUGGACGGCACCUUUGUCAAGGAAGAUGAAGUGUGA